GAAAACAAACUUUUGCACAUUUGUUUUUGCUCAUCCAUUCGCAUUUUCAUAUUUUGUUUUUACGCUAUUUAAUAAAUACCGUUUACUUUUACGCAUUGGAAGUUUUGACAAUAUUCAAUUUAAAUAAAACAGUGAGGAUUAUAUCAAAUUUUAGCAAAAAUGUUUCCGAUUCGUAAUGAAUCGAGAAGAUGCAAUACUCGCGAUAAAGCAAGCACUUCAGCAAUGAAUGCCGGUGCCGUUGAAAAAGUACAGGGCUCAAGUCAGCCGGCAAAAUUGUUUGAUAAAAAAUUUGUUGCCACCGCUUUGAGGAAUACGCGUUGUUGUCCCAAAUGCCGCAGUGAAUAUUCAACCAACUAUGAUCUACGUAUGGGCGAUUUGCACGUCAAAAGCAAUCGUCCCUUCCUGCUUACCUGCGGUCAUAAUAUGUGUGAAAAUUGCAUAUACCAAAAUCAUCAGAAUCUUGUUUGUAGCGUAUGCCAACUGCCAAUUGUUAUUGAUAGACGAAAUACACCACUUUCGCCAUCACUGACCGUACACGGAACAUCACAAAAACAGCGAAACCACCAUUACCGACAUGAAAAUUUCAACGUACGAGAUUUCUUUUACAUGAAUUUCUUUUUAAUUGGCGAAUUGAAUCAUUUGCGUUUCUAUCGGCGCGAGAGCUCAGCAAAUAAUACAUUAAUGAUAGCAUGCGGCAAUGAACCACUAUCACCAACAUCCAGUGGUAAUCGUACACUCGCACCUGGCAUACAACUAACGCCACCGGCCAUAUUCGAUCGUUGCAGCGAGUGUGAGUACGAGCCGGCAGUGGGUUCUUGCCGCCAAUGUUCGGUAAAUUAUUGUCGCAUCUGCUACGAUUCUAUACACAUGUAUGGUAAAGCAUUGAAGCGGCAUACAUUCGUAACGCUCGACAAGGAUCAGCACAUGUUGAGGGAUAUGAAAAAUGUGCGUCGAAAUUAUUGUCAAUAUCAUAAGCGGUUAAAGGAUCGCUUUUGUGACACUUGCCAAAUUGUAUGUUGUCCUUCUUGUGCUAAAAGAGAUCAUCAGAGUCAUCGUUGGACAACUUUGGGCAAUGAGAACGAGGCUAUGCAAGAUGAAAUUGCAAAUAUUUUGGAAUCGGUGAAAAUGUCACGCGAAAAUUUACGGAAAGCACAAAAGGACGUUAAAGCCAUUGAAUUACAACUUGAAGAUUAUGCCACACAGUGCCUCGGGGAUAUAUCCGAAUAUUUUCUUCAACUACACAGUUUCCUACAAAAUGAAGAGCAACGUAUAUUGGAAGAUUUCCAUGUUCAAUGUAUGGAACCGCAGAAAACUAUACGCAAUGCGUUCUCCAAACUAAACGAAUCUCAAAGCAUACUAACUAAAAUGCGUUCGGAAUUGGAGCAGUAUCAACAAAAAGUACCAACUGAUAUAUAUCUACGCAAUGUAUUUGACAUUUACAAUAAUCAAUUGGAACAAAUAGAAUGUCGCGUACAAAUUUCGAAACUUAAAAAAAAUCCAUUCGAAUUUAAAGUUAAACACGACUUACGUAAAGAUUUCCCUCAAGUCUUCACUUACAAUUACGAAGAUCCACACAUUAGCAUCAGUUUGACGCCCAUUUAUAGCGAUUUGAAUCGUGCCUUUCCCGAUAUGAAAUCAGAUUCAUCAGAUCAAAUGGAUAUAGACUGUUAUACCGAAAAACAUAAGCGUAAGAAUAAUGAACGUAAUAAGAAGAAAAAGCAACAAAAGGCACAGGGACACAUUGAGCAUGGUGAUGAUACUUCAGAUACGGAAACCACUGAAAAUCAUAGGCUACGUGAUAAGGAAUUAGUACGCAUCAGUCAUGUUAAAUCGCCAGAAUAUUUCUAUGUACAAACUAAGAAUGCUAUACAUCAAAUACGUGAACUUUCAAAUAAAUAUGUGAAUUUCAUGCAAACCGAAAUAAUUCCUAAAGUAAUCGCCGAGGGACAAUGCUAUAUGGCCUAUCAUGUUGACGACAAGCAAUGGUAUCGUGCUAUGGUCAAAAAGAUACUGCCAAAUGAUCUCUAUAAAGUGUUCUUGGUCGAUAUUGGCAUGAAUGUCGAGAUAUCUAAGGAAAGAUUCUGUGAAAUCGACCCUACAUCUCUUAGCAUUCCAUUUGCUGCUAUUCGUUGUGCUAUACAUGAUAUAAUGCCAGCUGGAAAGGAGUGGAAUGAAGAGGCUAAUAAUUUACUUAUCGAAAUUACGAACAAUCAUUUUGUGCGCAUUAGUAUUAUAGAACGCAUCAAGGAGAAUAUGCUGUCAGUUGAUCUGGUUAUGACUUCGACGGAAGAUACAAUAUCGGUACGCGAUUCUUUUUUAUACACAGGCCUGGCGCGGGAGAGGACAGGUGCAGCAAAUCUGCCGUCGCCACUUAAGAAAAUGUCUCUCGUCGCGCGUGCAAAUCAGAGAUUGCCAAAAUAUUCAUUUCAUAAUGGUGACAUGUUGUUUGUAAAAGUGAUAAGUAUAGAAAAUCCUAACAUCUUUUAUGUCAUGAAGAUGGACGCCUUUGAGGAGGCACGUCAGCUAAAAGCCGAUUUGAAUUUCAAAUACAGCCACACUAAGUUGGCAUUGCAACCGAUUUUUAUAGCACCACUACAAAUGUGUUGCGCUGUGCGCAUUGACGAUGCUUGGCACCGGGCGCGCAUCGAAGAAAUACGUGGAGGUGGCAAAAUACGUGUGCACCUCGUCGAUGAAGGUACACAGGAGGAGGUCGUGUGGCGUCAAAUAUUUCCGCUUACCAAUAAAUUCCACACACACAAAGAGUUUGCCAUCAAAUGCACGCUAGCAGAUGUCGAACCAUUACAAGAGAACAACUAUGCCUGGACGGUGGAGGCAAUACGUGAAUUUAGCCAGUUAACUGCCAAUCCUACCGUACAAAUGACCAUAGUCUCAACAAACCAAGCCACCGUGCGUGUCACACUGCAUGUUUGCAAAAAACAUAUGGACGUAAAUGUUGGCGCAAUGCUUGUUAAAUAUGGUCACUGCUUGGCAACUGGUGAGAGCACACAAGCAGUUGAAGUUUCUAAAGCACCAAAGAAGCGUUUAAGCCUUCAGAUAAAUCCAUUCCUAGCGGCUUUGCAAGCUGCCAAUUUAAAAGGCAGAGAUAUGUCACUGCAGAACAUUAAAGAGGAUAUGAAUAAUGCAGCGGCCAGCAGUAAACCUGUCAAAGUACUGAAACGUACACCAGUCAUAGUUGUACAUGUCGUUGAUCCUGGCGAAUUUUAUAUACAAAUUGCGAGUCUCACAACUGGCAUUAGCAAAUUUCACAAUCAAUUGCAACACGCCCAACAGACCGAACAGGUCGAACAAUACGAAGAAGGCGACAAAACAAAUACCUCAGGCUUUUCACUAUGUCCACAAACUGCCAAAAAGUGGUUUGUUGGCAAUCAUUGUUUGGUCUAUAUGAAAUACCAAAGUGGCACUACAAGCAAAAAUACGAAUGCUGCAUCAUCUAGUGCAUGCGAAUGGUAUCGUGCUAUUAUAAUUUCUAUAACAACAGAAAUAGAUUGUGAAAAAUAUUCCGUAUUUUUGCGUGACAUUGGUGCUACCAUAACGAACGUUACCGUUGAUCAACUCAGAGUGAUUAAUCCUCAGUGGGAUCGUGUUACGAAUGCAGUGCAUCGUUGUCAUUUGGCAUGUGUGGAGCCGACUGGUGGUAUGACCAAAUGGUCACUGUCUGCCAUUGAUUGUUUUAAACACACCGUAACCUCCUUUGAGUCAUUAUCUGCCACUUUGCAGGGUAAACGUUUACCAGGCUCCAAUUCGUUGCCAGUUGUUCUUUGGGGUACCAUAACUGAAACUGAGGAUCCCUUGGCCCCCUGCAUAUCCAAACAUUCCAUUAUUAAUCGUAUUUUAGUAAAGGCCGGACUUGCACACUCAGUGCAACGUUUGGAUGUUACAGAACAAUUGGAUAAGUUGCUUCAAAUGGAGUUGGUAGAGGGCGAAAUCACUUUGGAGGAAUGGAAUAAGAAUUUCGCAGCUAAUACUCUGCUUAAAGAGAUUGACCAAUGCGCACAGCAGAAAGGAAAAAAUGUCUUCAAUAAUGACAAUUUAGAUAACUCUCUAAACGAGGACGACGACAACCAACUAAAGCCUCCAACGGAUUUUAUCCUAGAUUUUGAGGCAGACGCUUUAAUCUGUGACGAGCCAAAAAUUUAUACUGGUAAAGCACCAGAAGCUUGGCUGAAGUCGAAAACAAUAGACAAAUCAAUUUUCGCCGCUAUACCAACAUAUGUAGACUAUGACGCUGUCGUUUAUUUGCACGAUGCCAAUGACGAGAAUUUACUCCAUCAAAUUCGUGAAAAAAUUAUGAAAAUCUAUGGUGAACUUGAGUUGGCAACAGAUUUUGUACCGACAUACACACCCGGACAAGCGUGUUUGGUGCGUUAUCAUGUGGACAAACGUUUCUAUCGUGGCAUCAUACAAGAACUGACAAAGGACGACGAAUACAUUGUACAAUUCAUUGACUAUGGUAAUGUGGAAUCAGUUAAAGUACCCGAGCUACUCCCAUACGCACCAUUCCCGAAGUUACCUCGCCUAGCUCAUAAGUAUCGCAUUGAAGGUAUAUGUGCCAAAACUGAGAAUGGCGUCUACACGACAGAUGUACUCGAUAUUAUACAUGUGACCAUUGUUGAGAAAAUUGUAUCCGUACGUGUCUCAACCUCACAGCUUAAAAAUCCGGUGAAACUAUGCAGCAUGCGUUUGGGUAACAUAGAUGUUGCACAAUAUCUGAUCACCGCUGGACAUGUUCAACGUGGUGUCUCCAUAACAUCACGUUCGAAGCCUCAAAAGGAAAGUGAUAAUUCGAAACCUAAGCGUAAACCAAUCGAUUAUAAUAAAUUGACUAUGGAUACGGACGAUACUCUCGACGAGGCAUUGUUGCAGGUGAAAGCAGAUAAAAUGUUCCAAUUCAAACACAUCAAAUCCGAUUUCCUCGAACAACACCGCGACGGCAAAGGCGAUAGAAUUACUGGCGAAGAGGACAACAAUGAUGACGAUAGCGAUAACAAUGAUGACGACACAGUUAAUGAAUGCCUCGAUCAGCUGAUUUACAAUUUAAACAAAGACAAUAAUCGCUCGGAUAGUGAGGAAAGUGUUAAUGAUGAACUAAACGAUGCUCUCUCACCAAUGCGAGCUGCACAAGCAGCGCAAUUAGCUUUACAACAACAACAACAGCAGCAGCAGCAGCAGCAGCAGAGCCAACAACAUCAGCAAUCAUUUGUGCCACCCUGUAAGAAGCGAAUGUUCGACUCAAACGAAUACAAACAAAUGCAUAAGCAAAUGUUGCACGAUAAUUUAUAUGGCAGUGAGAAUUUUAUGAAAAAUGAAUUGGCCGCCUUGCAAAGUGAUGUAACGGGUGGUGGAGCUGUUGGCGGUUCCGGGGCGCUUGGUGCCAAUUGGGGAAUCGGAGAUGAUGAUGAGGAUGCAGCUGUUAUAGAACUGGAACAGAGUUUUGCACUCAAUUAUUGGCACACUACCGAUGAGGACAGAGAGCGUCAGAAGGAAAAGGAUAAUAAGAAGGAGAAAGUUAAGGAGGAAGAGAUUUGCCUAGAAAAAGUGAAAGGAAAAGAGAUUGAUUUCCGCGAUAGCGAAAGUUUUGCUCUGCAACCACGACAGCUUCUGGAAACUUCCGCUUUCGACCGGUUCCACCCUAAUGAGACCUCAUCGGUGUUCUCACACUUCAGCGGCAUCGAAUGUUUUAAAAAUCCCCAACUUCCAGUCGGUAAACGCACCUUCGAAUGCAGUGUUGUCUAUGUAAUUACACCAACAAUAGUACAAAUCUUACCACAUCUCACGGAAUUCGAAUAUCGGGAAUUGGAGUUACAAAGACGCAUCAAACAUUUGGUAAAAUCAGCAGCACCACUAAGCGAAUUCGAACCACGCACAAUUUGCCUGGCACAAUACCAUAAGGAUAAGAAAUGGUAUCGCGCUCUAAUACGUUCAUACAAUCCGGUCGCCAAGCAAGUUGACGUGUUUUACGUCGAUUACCUAAACACUGCCACCGUGCCGAUCACACAACUCAAACAAUGUCCACUGGAGCUGAUUAGUUGGCCAUUGCGUACAAUACGUGCACGUCUACACGGUCUUAGACCAAAUCCACGCUUACGUGAGAAGGACAUCAAGCAAGCGUUGCAAAAUGUCGUACUCAAACGUACGUUGGUGGCACGCAUAGUCAAAGAACCCAAAAGUUAUGACAACGCUAAUGCAGCUAGUAUGACGGAUCUCAUGGGAGCGGAUGAUAUUAUCGGCGGUGAAAUGCCUGUAGCUAUGUCGGAUGCCUUUCAGCAGGACCUGAAUGAUAUUAUGGAAGUGCAUUUAUACAAUCCUGAUGCUGAGGCGCGUAAAUUGAGAGAUGCUCGCAUCUACCAGCCGCUAAUACAGGAUAGUUUUUACUCGUAUAAGAAAGCUUAGUAUUUUUUUUAUUUUCUUUUUCCUUUUUUCUAUUUUUUUUUUUUUAUCACUAAUGAUAAAG